AUGGAGGACUACCUAAUUUCUCCUAAGUGGAUUAUGGGUUCAGAAAACAAUAAGCGGACCACUUAUUCUGUUGCACGCCUCUCAUUUCCAGUAGUUUUCGACAGAUUCGACACUAUUACUUCGUUCGAGAGUAUGAAGGAGAGGAAGAGGGUGGAGGCUGCUGUGCUUGGUUGUGGUUUUGCACUAGUUUUAGCGCGAGAAGCAAAACUGCCGAUGAACAAACCUGUCAGUAUUGAUGCUGGAAUUAUUGCUUAUCAGAACUCACUAAUCUCGAAUAUUCUGCUGCCUGUCUUUUCGAUGGAUUUAAUGUUCAUUUUGGCCUCCAACAGCUUCGAGAUCCAGCUUCUCCAUCCUGAGAUCCGUCACUUGGUACUACCGUCAGAUGCAUUCAAAUCACACAAGGGUGGGAUGAAAAGAAAGAAGCGGAAUGCCCAAAGCAAGAAAUCUGAUAUCCAUCAUCAAGCGACCGUUGGAACGGUGUCACCGGCGGCUGCCAUAACACCUACUGAAACAGUCAUGUCGCACAUAAAAGCUCCAGGCGGUGGUACGAUCGUCUCGUCGCGUGAUGAAAACGGUCAGAUCCAUGUGCGCGUCGAAUAUGACCGGGACGAGAUGCUUCGCUUCUCCCACUCGCCUUACGCAGUUCUGCCACCGGUCUGUCUUAAGAACAUCGUGAUGAGCACACCGGAGAUUUUGAGUAGAUUUCCACAACGACACGGUGUCGACAUCAAUCCAUCGUCUGGGAUGACUUGGUGA